AUGUUUGGUUGCGCAUUAUUGCAAGACGAGACAUUUGAAACUUACAAGUGGUUAUUGGAAACAUUCAUGGCAUCCAUGAAAGAUAAGAAGCCAAUAUCAAUAUUGACGGAUGGCGAUGAGGCGAUGCGUAAAGCCAUUGAUGAUGUGUUUCCCAUGUCUAACCAUCGGUUGUGCUCAUGGCAUGUGUCAAGGAAUGCACAGAAUAACUUGAAGGAUGAUGAAUUGCUAAGAAAUUUUCAGGCAUGUAUUUGGGAACCAUUUGCAUUGGACGAGUUUGAGAAGAAAUGGGAGGUUUUGAGGAAAAGAGCGAGUACUCCGAAACAAAAAGAAUGGUUGGAAAUGAUGUAUGCAAAAAGAGACUCAUGGGCUGAAUCAUGUCUGAGAGGAAAGUUUUUCGGUGGUAUGUGCACCACUCAACGCGUGGAGUCCAUGAACAAGUAUGUGAUAGAUUACUUGGGGAAAGGCGUGAAGUUGUUUGAAUGUAUUCCAGCAAUUGAUAGGGCUAUGUUAUGUUUUAGGAAUACCACGGCGAAGGAUGGUUUCAACGCAAAGUACUCAAUACCAGUCCUUAAAACUGGAUUGACAAAACUUGAGCAACAAGCUUCUCUGAUUUACACGCAUAGGUACUUUGUAUUGGUUUGUCAUGAGAUCGAAUCUUGUUCAGCACUCAUCCAUGAUAAUGUGAUGCAUAAUUUUGGAGGUCGUGUAUACGUAUUGUCAAAAUAUGGUGAACCGCAUAAUAAUUGGACUUGUGUUUACCACGGUAGGGAAAAUAUGCGGAUAGAGUGUGGAUGCCGAAAAUAUGAAAGUGAAGGGAUCCCGUGUUGCCACCUGUUUUAUGUAAUGAAGUGCGGGCACCUUACGGAAAUUCCUCCAGCACUCAUAAUGAGGAGAUGGACAAAGAAUGCCCAAACUGAUACAUGUAGGGAAUUUAUCAGCAAAGGCGAAGACACUACCAACGAAGUUGUAGAAAUGGCGAGGUAUGGAAGUUUAAGUGCUAUGUCAAACAAAGUAUGUUUUUAUGCAUCGAAGAGUGCAGAUGGUUAUGCCAUGUUGACGAAUGAGUUUAGUAGAUGGGAGGGAAUUUGUGAAGGCUUACGGCAAAAGGAAGAAGAGACAAGUCUGAAAUUGGGUAGUGCUGAGCAAUGUCCUCGAAAUAUUGUGAAAGAUGCAAACAUCGUUAGGAAAAAAGGCACUCAAGCAAGGCAGGGUGGAACGCUCAAGCGUCGACAAUGUCAUUUGUGUCGCGGAUAUGGACAUACAAAGCGUAAUUGCUCUCAAAGAAACUUGCAUCGAAGUAGAAAUGUAGGUGUGAAUAUCCCAUUAGGUAGUGAAAGCUAUCAGUAUAGUUCUGAUAAAGGGCCGUCCCCGGACAUUAGCUACAAUUAUCCUAGUCAAACGGUUUCUCAAUGCAAAGGCAACUAUGUGGUUGAUUUGUCUGGUUCUGAUAGUUUUUCUACUGCAGACCCAACCGGUUCUACCCUCAACAAUAACGAUGAUUUCUCAUUCGACAAUGGUGAACCUAAUUCCCUAUGUACUGUUUCAACCCAAAACAAUUGUAGUUUUGGCACUUGGUUUACAUGUAACAAUUAA